UGCAAUAUAAUCAGUCAUCUGGUCUACUACUUCAAUUCCAAGUUAAUCGAAUUGUGAAUUAAUCAUUAUGAAAACUACUAUUGUUUUCCUGCUUACAAUCGCUACUAUAUUCGUCGCAGCAGUGCAAGGUAAUGUUGUUGCGGUCGGCACUGGAGUUGGUUCACAAGCUGCAGGCAUAGUCGGUGCUCCUUUAAUACAAGCGCCACCUUGUCCGAAAAAUUACAUGUUUACUUGUCAACCGCAUAUGGCUCCAGUGCCAUGUUCUCAGUCGGCUCCCGUUAAUUAUGGUCCAGUUGGUGCUUACUCGGAAAGUAUACCUACUAUCAUUGCGGUACCCUACGCUGCUGCCUCAUAUCCGAAUGCCUAUCAAAGUUACCCGCCAGCCUAUCAAGGAUAUGCAAAUAAUCACGAACAUGGGAAUAAUUCAAACUGACCGCUAACGAAUACAACAAAAAAACAAAAGAAAAUAUGUGGAUAGUGUUGAAAGGAUUAUUGAAUAAACAUACAUUUUUAACAGAGCAAUGAAA